AUGGGUAAUCCAAACUGUCCUUUUGCUUCGGUUCCAGCAGUGGAUUUGAGCCCCUAUGUCACCAUUCAACCUCCUCUUUCCCGCUGUGGUUACGGCCCAGGAUUGAUCCUCAUCAGGCCUCAGUGUUACGCCGCUUGCCAACAGCAAAAUAAGACACUUGACCCAGAGCCAUUGAAGAAGUGGGCCGAGGAAAGCUUUACAGUAGCACAGAUUACUGUGGAUGAUCAAUUUGUCAUAGACAAACCAUCUCUGGGGGAGCUCAUUCGAGAAGCGGAGGAUGGCUUACUUGGGAGAGUAGAGUGCGAUGGCAAGGAGAAGAUCGGGUUGAUAGUCUACGGUUCAAAGGCAGACUAUGCUCCCCAAUUCGAGGAUACUCUGCAAAGUGCACUGGCUAGAGGCACAAAGCUGAUCGCCGCGGUACUCUUCGACUCAUGGAACAUCAACUUCCUCCAGCCCACCCUUCUUCAGCUAUGCAGCGCAGUGGAGGGCGAGAAGAAGGAAGGCCAAGUUACGCAUAUAUACUCAGAUGUUUCCUCUCCCAGCUUCAUGAUCCCAGGCCACCCUGGUUUCAAGAUCUCGACGGCAGGCACAGCUCAUACUCGUUGUGUCGGGUUUAUCAAAAAGCAUUUGGGAGGUCCAUUCUUUGACCUCGAGAAGAUUUGGGAAGAACAUACCUAUUAUGAAUUUGGAGAUCGCUCUGUUGAGAAGACCAUGGCGACGAUGGUCUCUGAGCCUUAUGUGAACCAUGUGCCAACUUUAACAGGAGGCAUUGGACGAGCUCGCUUGAGCCAUUUUUAUCUCCAUCAUUUCAUCUUCAGCAACCCCGAUGAUACGGCUUUGGAGCUUGUUAGUCGAACAGUGGGAACCGACCGAAUUGUGGAUGAGUUUAUCUUUGUCUGCACUCAUGACAAGCAGAUUGAUGCGUUGAUUCCCGGAGUUCCACCGACGGGGAAACACCUUCGCAUUCCCAUGACUUCCGUGGUCAACAUUCGCGGGGACUGCUUAUUUCAUGAACACAUUGCAUGGGAUCAAGCGACGGUCCUUGUGCAGCUAGGUCUAUUACCGGAGUAUCUUCCGUUCCCAUAUGCACUACCCGACGGGUCUGUGCCCGCGCACGGCAAACGAUUCGAGUACCGGGUCCCGGCUGCGGGCGCCGAGUGUGCCGAGAAACUGCAAGACGAGCAUGCAGUACCCUCGAAUCAGAUGCUCGAGUAUAAGAUCCGCGAAGUCAAUCGGUGA